AAGUUUCAGAUUCGAAAUAAUGGAUCAACUAUUUUAUAAUGGACCACCUGAUUACGUUGAAAUUGAAGACCGAGCCAUAACAACUGAACCAGGAGCUUCUAUACAAGCAGCUCCCGGAGCAAUUUGGAUGGAAGCACUUCCAGCGAUUGAGGGAAUCCCAGCAGGGUUGGAAUACCUUGCCUACUUGGACACGGUCAUGGUGCAUCAAGUGAAGGAGGUUCUUGAGAUUCUUACUGGAUGGGAGAGUAAAAAUAAGUAUGCUAUUAGAAAUAAAAAUGGACAGCAGUGUUACUAUGCGUUCGAAGAAUCCAACGCUUGGGAGAGACAGUGUUGUGGAUCGCAACGAGGUUUUACGAUGCACAUUGUGGAUAAUUUUAACAAGAAUGUGCUCAUCGUCAAACGAGAAUUAAGAUGCUGCGCAGACUCAUUUUGUGGAUGCUUGCUAGGUCUUCAAAACAUAUGCACCAUUGAAUCACUAUCAACUGGCCUUCUGGGUACUGUCCUUCAAGGAUAUGGUUGCACGAAUUCAUUCUAUAACAUUUUGGAUAAAGAUGGAAAUCUGAUUUUCCUAGUUGAUGGUCAAGGAUGUUGCACAAGUUGCUGCUGUGAAGAUAAGGAUUUUACGAUCAAAACUCCCGACAGCUCCGUGCCAAUUGGCUCAAUAACCAAGAAGUGGGGUGGACUAUUGCGUGAAGCGUUUACCGAUGCCGACACUUUUGCAGUCACCUUUCCCAUCGACCUUGAUGUCAAGCUCAAAGCGAUACUGCUGGGAGCCACAUUUUUGAUUGAUUUCGUGGAGUUCGAAAAUAAUAACUGAUGUGGAAAAACUGGAAAUCUCGCAAUGCACUUCUCGCUUGUUUUCUGCGAUCAGAGCUCUAAUUAUGAAAUGAUAAUGUGCUUUCUUUGUAUGCAUGUAUAUUAAAAUAAGACAUUUUGCAAACGCGCCGUUUGCAUCGCUUUGCUUCUUUUCUUCAACAUCUUCAAAAUGAAAUAAAAUAAUUAUAAUUAUA